AUGGCAGCCAUGGUCCCGAUGCAGUGCAUCAUGUGGAGAGGGAGAACAGACCCGGAGGCGAGAAUGCCUGCUUCCUUCUCCUCUGAGCGAGAGAAGGAUACAGACGAUGCAUUUAGACAUUUUAAAACCGAAUUCGACCCUUCAUCGAAAUCAUCCUUCUCGUACUCGUUGACGGAUCCGGCAGAAGUCCAACAUCGAUAUCGUGAUGAGGUCAACUCAGCAGCGGCCGUCGACGCAUACGGAUACGAUUCGACGUCGAAGACCACGACGGAUGAUGACGGUUGUUCUGUGUUCAACCAGUCACUCGCAUGCAGAAAUUCUAGCAGUAAUCACGUCAGGUUAAGAAGAGCACUACGUCUAGCACUUGGUGAAGUGAUUUACUCAGACUGGACGCCAUGGACGACAUGCUCGUGCACGGCCACUUCAAUGAAUACCCGAUAUCGGUUUUGCAUAGUAGGCAGACGACAGUGUAUACGAGCCAAGGGUCUGUUUCCGACUGAAGAGACGGGACCGUGUCAAUGCGGAGAUACCCGUGGGUCACAGAGGAGGAUGACAAACCACCUCCAAUCUCGAACGUAUCAACCAGAAAGAACUGAUCCGUACACCCACUGGUCUAACUGGGAUACGUGUCCGUGCGGGAGUAAUGCUUUUCGUAGUCGCAGUCGGAUGUGCCGUCCGGGGCACGAGAUGGCCUGCUUUGAUCGAAAGCAAACAACCGGCAUCGGCAUCGUGAAGCUCAAAAGGUGCAGGCCGCCUCCAGGUUGUCUUCCAGUUCAACAUCCAAACCCAAUCCUUGGACUUCAGGGUGGUCCUGUGGCACCAGUGCGGGUCGAGACUUGGUCACCCUGGCCGUGCAGCAAGACCUGCGAUGCCGGUGGUAAUACGAUGCAAUGGCGGGGAUGCAUUGACGAAGGCGGCGGAAUCAGGGUCGGGUGCCCUGACGAGCAAAUGUAUUCAUCAGAAUGCAACACGAAUCCUUGUCCAGUUGAAGAAGGACCCGUGAAUCCCGGCGUGAAUCCAUAUGACAGAAUGCCUUUCUAUAAUCCAGAAUCAGUUGUUGAAGAUCCCAGCCGCUCUUGCCUGGCAUUCACCCAGGACACCGCCAGAAUAGGACCGAGGAGACGUAAUCCAAUCACUGCUGGUAUUACGGACGAAAGAGCAUACGACCAGUGCCCCGCGUACUACGGUAUUACGGGUGAACUCUCUGUGUGAUUCAUUCUGGUCCUUAUUUUCCGAAUAUCAUUGUUGCGUCUUUUUAUUGGUAGGUUUUAAGAAUGUUUACGGUACAUGCUUUGUAUAUAGGUAGCAUACACCAAAUACUUUUACGUGAAUGCGUCUUAUUUGAAAAUAUAUUGAAAAGGCUGACCUUUCUUAGGAUUGUAACUCUGAUAAGUACCGAAUAAUAAAAAACA